GCAGACCAAUGAAUCGCCUGCUCUGUUUAAAUAGUCCUUGAUGUCAACUUUUCUUCUUCACUCACAGCUCCCUCUAACGCCAUGUUGGCUGUUAUGACUUGACUUGUUGUUUUCAUCUUGCCUUACUACGGACUUGACAGGAGUGGCUUUCUUACACCCCCCUGCGCCUCUUGGAGACGCUUUAUUCCACUUUUGCGCGUACGCGUUUUGGAUGAUACGCGCGGAACAUGCACGCAUCACUCUUGUGACUUUGCAUUUGAAAGGAAUUACACUCGGAAAUAGAAGUUUAAAAAGGUUUCGCUUAUUUGUGGGAGUGUUUUUGCCUGUCAUAUGUGCAACAAAAUGUCAGAUGUGCGCCUGUCUAAUGCGAGCCCGACGGUGGAACGGGUGGAUGCGCGGCUGCAGGACAACGUAAGACCCCCGACCCGCAGAAAUCUUUUUGGCACACCUGACCGUGGGGAGACACGGAGGCUUUUUGAGGCUUCGAUACAGGAAAGUGUGCAGUCUUUUAUGGAGGAGUAUGAUUUCGAUCCCGUCAACGAGAGACCGCUCACCCCGCGUAGUUACGACUGGCAGGAGGAAAACGACGCACCGGAGUUUUUCCGCAGAGCGCCUCACCGGAGACAGCAGCCCCAAAGUGAGGCGGAGUGCCUCGGCGAAAACGACCGACGGGAAGCCGAGGAGAGAGACGGGAGGCAGUCGGGCAGAAACGGUUCGAAGAAGAGGCGUUCAGGAUCUUCAGGUGAUUUGACUUCUCAUGCUGUCACGCAGUUACAGACUAGUUGUACGAUACGCAAUGAGGAGAAAAGCAACAGUUGUGUCCGGGUUCAACUACAGGCUACGAUACGUUUGUCUGUCUUUGCACGUAAACAGGAAUGUGCAGGAGAAAUACACACCAGUAACCCUCUUUACAGAUGUAAAAAUCAUCCGAUCACGUGUUUCAGAUGAGGAUUACGAUCGAAUUCACACCGAUUAACGCGGUUCGAUGCGCUUAUUACACUGUUGUAGUUUGCACAUUUUCUCGCGUCGUGGGGAUCUCGCUGAAGCUGUCAGGUGCCUGUUUUAAAGUGAACGUGCGACACCACACGCCCAACAAACCCUCACAACUUUUUUUCCCCCUGUUUGCCAGGUCCCUGUAACGGCGAGAGUCAGAGUAAAAGGUCGCAUUCCGAUGAAGAAGAGGAUGAUGAUGAUGACCAGGCGAGCGGUGCGGCGCGUCAGGCGGUCAGAGUCGCCGAGGAGAGACCGAGCAGGCCGGUGAACGGCGCCGAAGUCCAGUGAAAAACAGUGCAAGGUUAGAAGCACUGGGACUUUGACUCACUUUUUAAAUGAGCAUAUUAACUUUACUUUGAGGCUGUCUGAGAUGGUUUUUACAUCUUCUUUGUUCAUUUUGAGCUUCAGAAAACUUGGAUAUCAGCUGUAAACGCAUGCACUUUUUCUUUUUCUUCUGCAGGCUGCACUCACACGUCACCAGCCGUGCAAAUUUUACACACUCACUUCUGUCUCACAACUGUUCAGGCUAUGACUGUUCACUGUGUGUGUUUGUUUGUGCUUUUUCUGUAUUGUGUGUGUGUGUAUGUUUGUGCCUGCAUGAGGGAUAAAAGCAAACGCAACUGCCUUUUAAACGGCCUCUUCCUCUUCCUCUUCGUGUCCCACAGAGCGAGGAGACCUGUUGCUGGUGGAAUACUGUAGCCUUCCUCGUCAUCUGACAGAUGGGAGAGAAAAAACAUAAAGCAGCCUUUUCCUAAAGGAGGGAGGAGGAGAAGGAGAGGCUGCACAAGCACUGAAUAUGUACACUAUCAAGUUUUGGCACUCAUUUCAGUUAAAUUGCCUCAGAAGCAGCAGACAAUGUAGCAGUGUGCAAAUGGAUUUUUGCUCAUUUUUGUAUCUACUACCUAUGUUUCAGAUGUAGCACAUAAAAAAAGAAGCAUAUUAUGCUUUUCAUACCUUUUUGUUUAAUGUCUUUGAAUAAAUGUGUGAAUUUGACUCGGGAGGUUGCAGUGCAAUUUCCAAAAGAGAACUAUUGUUUUGUUUAAGUGGUCAUAUUGUAUCCUUAUUCAGGUAAUUGAUGUAAGUUAAAAAUGCAGAUUUCAAAAGUCAGGGUUAUGUGGAAAUUUUUUUGUCUUUCUUUUUCUAUGGCUUUAUUAUACCCAGUGUUAUAAAUCUUGCUUUUUUUGUUUUAAAUUUUUAAAUUUUAAUUUUUUGAAGGCCCAGAUGCCCACACUGUAAGUUGAGGGUCCAUCUUACUGGGAACAGCCACGACAGACAAAGUUUACAUGCAAAUCUUUAUCUCCUUGUUCCCCAUUGUUCUUCUUGUUCUUUUUUUUUUCUGCCAAAGUUUGUGCCUUUUUUUCUGGGCAGAGGGGUGGGGAGGGAGGGUAGCUUAACUGCUGAGCAAUAUCCAACCAAAUUUUGACAGUAUUUGCUAAUAAUCCUAAGAGUUAGCUUUUAUUUUAAAAAAUUAGAAGAGCUGAUAUUUUCGUGACUUUUAUUCUCUGUCACACAUCCCGCCCCUUUGUGAUAAAUGGUGUGGUCCAGGCUAGCAUAGAGAAGAUAUGUUAAAAACCACUGGGCUACUUAUGCAAAUAUGUGAAUCAAAGAUUUGUCUUUGUGGUGUGGAAUUCAUGUGGAACAUGUAAUUGCACUAUUGUUAAUUUCUCAUUUUUUAGGGCAGAAAAACAAAGUGACACUGCCUCAUUUGGUGUAAAACUUUGAAGAGUACCUGUGUGCCUUUUUUUUUCUUUGAAAACACUGAAAAUUAUACUAACUUAUUUAUGUUGUGCUUUUGUUGUGGGUGUAUGUAAAGCUUCCCAAAGCAACGUUUUUGUAUAUAUAUAUUUUCAUCAUUGUUCCUAAGAUAAAUAAACUGUUGCAAAACUGAGCCCAAUAAUGGAUUUUAUGACUGUGUGUUUUUGUGAUUUUUCUCUCCUUCAGUUUGCACUUUGAUUUAUUAAAAAAGCGCUACUGGUGUAUUUAAAGCAUUUGCUUCUCUUUGUGAUUGCAAAGUGCUCAAAUCUACCAUGUUUUAAACCCACUCAGCUAAAGAAGCAGGCUCGUGGUAAAUGGAAAGUUUUCUCCUCAAAUCUGAGCUCUGGUGUGCUCUCCAGACAGUAAAGGGAAUGACACAGCAACAGUGGAAGCAGCACUUCUGUCCCAACUCUUUAAGUCAAAAAAAGCGAUUUACUCAAGUUCAUCAUGCUUUGACACAAAGCUCUUUUGACCUUUUGACAUAUGAAGUCUUCAGCCAUGAAUCUAUCUCUGUAGGUUUGUAGGAACCUAACCUCCAAAUCUUCUCUGCAACUUUGUCACACCUUACUCAUGGAAAAUGUACUUCAUUGAAGAAUUCUUUAUUUAUAAGUGAUAUUUGGCGCAGUGAAUUGAUAAAAUGUGUAAAAAAGUAAA